AUGAAAAUAUAUUUAAACAAUGUCACCUAUAACAAGAUCACGUGCGCACAAAUUAGAUUAAGCAAGUGUACAGGGAAUCCCUUUAGUUCUAGUUUGAAGUGGGUCGACUGCGUUACAAACAUGGUUGACGCUGAACCCUGCGCAGCUAAGACUGGUGCAUACAAAUACGAAGAUGGGACUAAAUAUGUUGGCGAGUGGAACUCCAAAGGCCAGAAACAUGGGAUGGGUCACUUGGUACUUCCUGAUGGUACCAGAUAUGAUGGGUCCUUGAUGAGCGGUCUCUGUUCUGGAUUGGGAGUGAUGUCCUUUCCCGAUGGUGCUAAGUAUGAAGGUGAGUUCAUGCAAGGCUGGUUUCACGGUCAUGGAGUCUUCUGGCGAGCUGAUGGAAUGAAAUUUGAAGGCGAAUUCAGAGGAGGAAGAGUGUGGGGUUUAGGUCUUGUGACAUUCUGUGACGGAAGCAAUGGGUUUCCGAGAAACGAAGGCUUUUUCCAAGACUGCAAGAUGAUUCGGCGCAAGAGGUGCACUGAAGUUGUGCAGCGCGCCCAGAAGGUGGCGUACAUGGCGCGUGCGCAGUGUCAACAAGUUUAA